AUGUUGAAGAAGCAUGGACAAGUCAAAUCCUUAGCAGAGCAGAUUGCUGAGCUAGAAAACCCAACUUUCAGAGAUUUUGAUCCUGAGAAUUUGAAUGACAAUGGGGAAAGCAGCGAAGAUCAGUCUUCUGGGGCGGAGGAUGAUAAUGCCGCUGCUGCUCGAGAGCACUAUGUAGCUGUUGGGAAGAGUAAGCUCCGUAAACCGGAAAAGCCAUACCUCGGACGUGAAUACGCAGGAUCCCGAGUUAGCCGAGAGGCGCUUGAGUGGGAUGACGGCGAAGACGAUCGAUUCCGCAGAGCUUCAAGUGAAGACGAUUCAGACGAGAUAUCCGGGGAGCUAGACGAAUUGGAAAAUGGUCUGGAGACCAGGGAAGAUGGUUCCGCGGGAGAAAAUGAUAGCGAUGAGGCUCUUGGGGAAAACCACGUUGUUCAUUUGAAGGAUUCAACUUCCCGUUUCAGCAAAACGACGAAGCACUUAGACUUGGAGAUUCAUUCUGACGAUCUGUAUAAUGACCUGGGGUCUGAGGAAGAGUUAGAUGGACGAACUGAUCCUGAAGAAGAUGGAGAAUUCAGAGGUUUUGACGAGGGUGAAGAGGAGGAUAGCGACGAAGAUGAUUCCGGGAGCGAUAAUUCCGAGGAUGAGGAUGAAGAUGACGAUGAUAGACAAGCGAUUGUCCCAACAGAUGACAGAGCAGAGAUAAGACGACUAAUGGCUUCAGACCACAAAACUGUUGCCCUGUCUCUAUCCAAUGCCGCCAAGGCGGAUGCUGCAAAGGGAAACGCCAUCAAGCGACAACGUUUGACUUUCGAAGCCAUGUUAAAUGCCCGAAUUAAACUUCAAAGAGGCAUUACGGCUCUUACCAGCCUAGCUCCUUCAAACGAACAUGACAAUGCAACGGACCAAGCCUCUAUCAAAGCCGCUGAGGCUGCUGCUCUAGCCCUUUGGAGAACAAUCGAAGAUCUUCGUCAUGCACUCGCAGACGCCCAGACUAACAACGCUACCUUUUCGAAAAAAAGAAAACGUGGCCCGCCUCCAACCCCUUCCACUUCUUCUGCAGAUAUAUGGAAUUGCAUGGAGGAGCUUGAAGCUGAAGCGCGCCCUCACCGUCGUGCCGUCCUUGAUAAAUGGGCUCUCAAGACGCGUGGCUCGCGAGCGACACUACCAAAUGCCAGAGGCAAACUAUUAAAUCAUGGAGCGGCCGACCAACAAACAAUAACUGCUGUGCUGGAUGCACAUGUAGCAGCGGAGAUUGAAAGUCGUCAAUCCAAACGUGCCAUGACGGAAAAUUCCGGACAAUCUCAAACAAAUGGUUCAUCCGACCCUCACACCUCUAACGAAUUCUAUGAUGAUACUAUGUUCUACCAAACUCUGCUUCGCGACCUUGUUGAGGAACGCAUGUCAGCCACUAACAAUGGCGUUGAAGCUUUGCAGAUAGAACUUUCCUACGCGUCUUAA